CGGGUUUUGGGACAUCAAGAAAGUUAACUCGGACGUAAGUCAACUAGACUACAACAUAACUUUUCCUAGAGGAUCCUCCUGGAGCAGAGAAGUGUUUGACUUUUGAUUUCACUGUAAGGUUGUGCAGCAGCCAGUGAAAGAAGUAGUUGACAUCAUGGCGCUAAUGAUUCUGCCAUUCAUUGGAUCGGUGUCUGUAUCUGAGAGUUUGGUGGCCAUGACAACCGUGUGUCUGGUCUACCUGAUCCUCAGGUUUUUCAGAACUGAGAUUCCUGAAGGGCUCCAACGCCUGCCUGGACCAAAACCUUUCCCUAUCAUUGGGAACGUGUUGGAGAUGGGUAGCAAGCCUUACCUGAGUCUCAGCGAGAUGAGCAAGCGCUACGGUGACGUCUUUCAGAUCCAGAUAGGCAUGCGUCCCGUGGUCGUGCUGAGUGGUGCGGAAACGACUCGACAGGCUCUCGUCAAGCAAGGGGAAGAGUUCGCAGGCCGGCCUGAUCUGUACAGCUUCCAGUUCAUCAAUGAUGGUAAGAGUCUGGCCUUCAGCACAGACCAGGCUGGAGUGUGGCGUGCCCGUAGGAAGCUGGCCUACAGUGCUCUGCGCUCCUUCGCCACCCUGGAGGGCACCACCCCUGAGCAUUCCUGCAUGCUGGAGGAACAUGUCUGCAAAGAGGGAGAGUACCUGGUCAAACAGCUCAACACAGUCAUGAAAGCUGACGGGAGCUUCGAUCCUUUCAGACACAUUGUGGUCUCUGUUGCGAAUGUGAUCUGUGGGAUGUGCUUCGGCCGGCGUUAUGACCACGAUGACCAGGAGCUGCUCAGCUUUGUUAACCUCAGUGACGAGUUUGGCCAGGUGGUGGGAAGUGGCAAUCUUGCAGACUUCAUCCCUCUCCUUAGAUUUCUGCCAAGUGCAACAAUGAAGAAGUUUCUGGACAUCAAUGAUCGCUUCAAUAUGUUUGUGCAAAAGAUCGUCACCGAUCACUACACCACUUUUGACAAGGACAACAUCCGGGACAUCACAGACUUGCUCAUCGAUCACUGUGAGGACAGGAAGCUCGACGAGAACUCCAACGUCCAGAUGUCCGAUGAGAAGAUUGUAGGAAUUGUCAAUGAUCUGUUUGGAGCUGGUUUUGACACCAUCUCUACUGCGCUGUCAUGGUCUGUGAUGUACUUAGUGGCAUAUCCAGAGGUACAGGAGAGGCUCUACCAAGAAAUCAAGGAUGAAGUGGGUCUUGAUCGCACUCCUCUUCUCGCUGAUAAACCAAGGCUACCGUACUUGGAGGCCUUCAUCCUGGAGCUCUUACGCCACUCUUCAUUCCUCCCAUUCACCAUCCCUCACUGCACGACAAAAGACACAUCUCUGAAUGGCUACUUCAUUCCCAAAGACACCUGCGUCUUCAUCAACCAGUGGCAGGUCAACCACGAUGCUGAGAUGUGGAAAGAUCCGACUGCCUUCGACCCUGAACGCUUCCUCAUCUCUGAUGGCACUGAAAUCAACAAGCUUGAGGGGGAGAAGGUGAUGGCUUUCGGCAUGGGAAAACGGCGCUGCAUUGGCGAGGUCAUUGCACGGCAUGAAGUCUUCCUCUUCUUGGCGAUCCUCAUCCAAAGGCUUCAGUUCUUCACCCUGCCUGGACAGCCUCUGGACAUGACCCCAGAGUACGGUCUCACAAUGAAGCACAAGCGCUGCCACCUGAGAGCAAUGAUGAGGUCAAGGGACGAGUAAUGAAGCUAAUCUUGAUGUUUAUUGUUGACUCAGUUUGUAUUACAGGUUGACGCUUACACUUUGUGAGUAACAGUCAUGUAAGGAGUCAGUGAAAGAAGCAUCUUUUUCUGAGAUUAAGGCACUGGAUGCCACAUUUAAGCUACAGAGCUUACGGCAUUAAAGCAAGUGAGUGAAUUUUGCUUGCAGCUGCUGCAAAUUGUCAGGGAUGUCCUGACUUGUAUGAACACAUCUCUGUCAUGUUUUUGGUUCUCACUGAGAUGUUUCUGCACAUGAUCUGUGCUUCUAAAUGAAGUAAGGAAGGAGUUGUAUGAUACUCAGUGACUAAGUUGUUCAAUUUUGGGACAAACAGUGUGUCUAAGUGCAUGGGCAUUACCAUUUAGACCCAAUAAUUCUUCUGUGACACUCUGGAAAGAACAAAUAUUACCUUUUGAUACCAUUUACUUGUAUAAGCUAAUUCAUUUUAUUCCAUUAUUAUGUGGAUGUAAGACACUGAAGCUAUAUUUGUAUCCCAAAAUGUGAUUUUGUAUGUAUAUCAAGUUCUUUGUAUUUUUUAAGUCAAUUCUGGUUGCAUAGCGUUUGUAUAUUUGAGGUGAAAUAGUUUUGCUUUGCAUCUAUAUGAAAUAUCAGGACACCAAAUGAGCUCUAGUGAUUUUUACAAAUAAGUUUGAAGGCUAUGUAAUGUAUUUCUGUCUAUGAUGUGUCAAUGAUUGUAUAAAAUGUCAAGGCAUGAGAUUUGAGUCUUUUCAAGCAACAACACAAAUAAAGGAUUAAAAUUA